AUGCGUCUUGAUGAGCGGUACGUUCCGUACUUGCAGAUGGCUGGCUUGUACCAUCUUGCAAGGCUGAACGACAGAUGGUUCCGACUAGACGAGCCUCUAGUCAGUGCAUUCAUCGAGAGGUGGCGGCUUGAGACGCACACCUUCCACAUGCCUUUUGGAGAGUGUACCAUCACGCUUCAGGACGUCGCAUACCAGCUGGGGUUGCCCAUGGACGGUCAUUACGUUAGUGGUUGUCUGACAGACUUCCACCUAUACAUUGAGGGUGGGAGGCCGGCUUGGACGUGGUUCCAUGAGUUGCUCGGUGUCUUACCUCCUGAAAACCAAAUUCAGAAAUUCGCGGUGAACUGCACAUGGUUUCAGGAGACAUUUGGGGAGUGUCCCGUGGGGGCUGACGAGGAGACAGUUAGGCGCUUUGCCCGUGCCUAUAUCAUGAUGUUGUUGGGGACGCAGCUGUUUGCAGACAAGUCUGGCAACCGUAUACACAUAAGAUGGUUACCAUAUGUUGCUAGACUUGAGCAGAUGGGUGGCUACAGUUGGGGCUCGGCGGCACUGGCCUGGCUUUACCGAUGUAUGUGCCGAGUCGCCAACAGACAUGUCGUGAAGUUAGCCGGGCCGUUAUAG